AUGAUCUAUCUGGACUUUUAUGGUGAUGAUACUCAAGGCAGUGUGAUUCUUCAACCUACCAUUUGGUAUCACAUGGUGUAUAUAUAUGAUUAUCCAACACGAACUCAAUUUGUCUAUAUUAAUGGGAAGCUUGACAAAUCAAAUUCUAAUAAAGGUUCAUACAAAGGCGAUAGUGAAGUACUCACAGUAUCAUAUACAUCCGCUAAUAAUCUUCUCGAUAACGGUCCACUGGGUAUAAACGGAGCAGGUACAAAUUUUCAAUUUACAGCCUUUGGUCGAAUUGAUCAAGGCUUAGAUUUAUUGGUGGAUCCAUCGUACGUUCAAGUUACAGGUCUUGUCUAUUUGGAUACAAAAGAUUAUCCAUACUCUGUGGCUGUCUGGAUCCGACCAACGAUGAUCACAAAUGGAACGAUUAUUCAUGUUUCCUCAGAUACAAAUGAUACUUCGUGGUCUAUGUCGAUGUUGGGCUUCACAAGUGCGGGUAAUGUAGGAGUACAGGAUUGUACAACGAGCAAUGCGGUCUCGAUAACUGAACCUGUCGUUGCUACUGGUAUGUGGACUCAUUUGACAGUCGCCUAUGCACAAUCCAAUCAACUUCGAUUGUGGAUAAAUGAAACUGUAUAUGGCACAUCGUCCACCAUCUUUACUUCCUCUACCGCUGACGCCCCAGUAACCGUAACUCUGGCAGAUCGUUGGUAUGAUAAGAAUUUUUAG